CAAGAGCAAGAUCUAAAACUUCCCUUGUCAGGCCGGGAAAUGGUUACGAUAUAGGAAAAUGAAGAGAGUCGAGGAGUGAAUUAUUGAAUUGGAGAAAAAAGUAUAUAUACGAUGGACCUUUGACACCUUGAUGGCACCUUCUAUUCUACUCCUCACCAACAAUAACAUAACUCUUAUAUUCAACACCCCGCUACAACACUAUCUACUACUUGCAUAUCUGCUAUAAAUUCAACUAACGAAUUUACCCCUUUUACAAUGGCUAAGCAAGGAAGUUGCUUCUGCGGCAAAGUCCGCAUCUCUGUCGAAGGCGAGCCAAUCGCAAAGGUCGUCUGCCAUUGCCUCGACUGCCGCAAGAUCACAGGCUCGGUUUUCAGCACCAACCUCAUCACACCUACCUCUGGCUUCAAGGUUCUAUCUGGCGAGCCUAAGACUAUCUCCAAGGUUGGCGAUUCUGGCAACGAAGUCACGUCGCACUUCUGCGGCGACUGUGGAAGUACUCUCUGGCGUGACGGGCCCAGCUUCGGCGAGAACAAGGUUGUCAAAGUCGGUGUCUUGGACGAUUACGAGGCCCUCAACGAGGCUAAACCUGCCGGGGAGCUUUUUGUCAACCACAGAGUCAGUUGGGUCCCAGAGGUUCCUGGCGCCACUCAGAAGUCUGCCAAGUAAAUACGGCGAUAUCAACGAGUUAUGAAUACAGGAAGGAAAUGAGGGAAACGAGAGAAAUAAGAAAAAGG